CAGAUCAUCCCGGUCCGUUGUUUUUCGUGCGGCAAGGUCGUUGGUAACCUGUGGGAAAAGUACUUGCAACUCCUCGCCUCGGAAUUGUCAGAAGGAGAGGCGAUGGACAAGCUCGGACUAAAACGAUACUGCUGCCGUCGUAUGAUCUUGACCCACGUCGACCUCAUCGAGAAGCUCUUGAUGUAUAACGGUCAGCCACUCUUGAAUUGA